AUGUGUGCGAGAGGCGGGGAGGCACACGGCUUAGUGUGCGAGGGCAAGCGCGCUUGUGUGCGUCCGGAGAGGGCCAUCUCCUCGUUUCCAUGGCGACCGGUCAAAAUGGCGGACGCGCCCCCGCCGCACUCCGUGAGGGUAUAUAAGCGCUCCCCGGACCUCCAGCCGCCAGAGAGCCAGUACGCGUCGCCGCGAGUGCAUGUCACUCGCGUUCCCUUU